GCUUGGUUAUUCUCCAAGUUCACACUCCUGCCCAGUAUGUGGCAGUAUGCCCCCUUUCCUGACGCGUCAGUAAAUCCUCCAAAGAAACUAGCGGAAACGUGGUGUUACUGUGUCCUUGUACGACGACUGACGUGGGAAAAGAUGUACGGACACAUUCAAGCGCUCCAGCAUGUUUCGCGGCGGGCGCUGAGCAACAGCUCACGCAGGCAGUUGGAGAACAAGGUCAUACAGAAGCAGAAUCAUUUUCAGGAGGACAAUGAGAUUCCAAUUCAUUUGAAAGGGGGUGUCAGCGAUGCUAUCCUAAUACAGAACCACAAUGGCACUCACUAUUCUGGGAUCUGCGCAUGUCAUAUAUGAGCUGGUUUGUGCAGGUUUCUCCAAGAAGAAGCAGUGACUGCAGCUCCUGGGCUCACAUGUUCUACAAUACAUCCUGUUAGAUGUAAAAUGUUGUCUCCAUGUCCUCAGAGGGUUGAUUUCUCCUGUCAUAAUGGUUUCUGUUUCAUGGGAUCAAUAUUCAUUUAUUUAUUGUAACUGAGGAUGAUCAAAUAUUCCUCAUAAUGAAGUGUCAUUCGUCCUUUUUGUAUGUGUUUAAAUUUAUAUUAAGUACAGGACAAACCAUAACGAACGUUGGCUGUGUGAAGUAGAUCACCUGUUGUGUGGCGAUGAAAGGUGGCGAUUCAACAUGUAAAAUCGUCUGAAAUGGAACAGAAAAUGAUGGCAGGUGUUUUGUGGUCAGAGGUGAUGGGAUGGAUGACCUUCGUUAUGGUGUAUCCUUUAAACUAAACUGAAUAAACAAUGUUAAUUGUUUUACGUAUUGAAAUGACGUAGAACAAUGUUGAUACAACCAGUGUAUAGACCAGGGCUCAUCAACUAGAUUUGGCCACGGUCAAGUUUUUUUUCCUCUUUUUUUCUUGAGCGGGUUGUCAGGGGGCCAGAACAUUAUUAGCUGAUUUCCUGGUGUUUUUUGUGUUUUUCUUUGUCCAAUAAUGAACAUAUUUUACUCAGAAAACUUAUUAAAAACUGAUAUACAGUG